AUGGCAGCAGGUUCCAAGAGUUGGGCAUAUACAAUGCAGGAGAGUCUUGCAGGAGGCCUUGAAUGGUUGAUGGUGAGCAAUAUGGGCAGCGCUGGAGGUAUUACUAGAGGGAAAGCUGGAGGCAUGGGAGGGGCGUUGGAGGCUCAUAGGGAGAUGGCGGGAGGACACCGAGAAGUGCUGCCUGAGGUGAUCCAGGACCGUUAUGACGCUUUCCUCCGCAUGAUACGAGAAUGGCGAUUUUUGAAGCAAGUCAAACGGUCCGGCCAGGGCCAUCAUCCCGGAUCCAUCGCUGCUACGGAACCUGGUUCCUGUGCGGUUACAUGUCCUGCUUGCCCCCAUCCCGGAAAAAACUUACCGGAUGGAUGGGAAAAUGCUCCACCUGAGUCAAGGUUCUUGUAUGCGCUCUUCCUUGCGAUUGACGCAAAUUUUCGACUUGCUCGGCGGAAUGUCUCCUCGGACGCUGCUGAUCCUGGACUCAACCAAGGCUAUUCAUUUUUUGUCGAGGAGACGGCGUACAAAUCUUUUUUAAAUUCACGCGGAGGAACACCUCAAGAGAAAAGUACGUGUUCAAGUCACAGCGCAGUCGAUCUGGCCGAUACCAAGGCGUCAUGUGGUCUCGCAGCAACUGGCGCUGGCACAAUAGAUUGUGCACGACACAAUUUCAAGCGCCCAAACUCAGUUGGUGACUUACAAAAAGGCGAAAGGUAUAUUAAUAUGGAUUACAUGUUCUUUUCGAGCAUGCAGACAGCAUCAACGCUCCAGGUGAUCAACAUAUCCUACGACAUUGCAUGCCAAUGGAGCAAGAACCUCUGGACUCGCAUGUCCGCAUUCCCUCAGCAGUAUCACCUGGAUCACGACACGAAAACCAUAACGUUUCUAGUACCAAAGUUCCAUCUUCCCGCUCACAUCUUGAGUUGUCAGACUACCUACUCAUUCAAUUUCAUCAAGGGGGUCGGAAGAACCGAUGGUGAAGCCCCGGAACGCGGAUGGGCCGACAUUAAUCCCAUUGCAACUAGCACUCGUGAGAUGGGUCCUGAUUCAAGGCGCGACACCCUCGACGACCAUUUCAAUGACUGGAACUGGAAGAAAGUGUGCUUGAUGGGUAAAACUCUUGCCCGUAAGCUCAAGGCUGCCUUACCGGAGGUUCUCGAGCGCAGGUGUGACUUAAACGACUUUGAGGCCGCACUCGAUUCCAGCCAGUUAGCUUGCUGGAAGGAGGACGUCGUGGCUUGGGAAGCUGACCGUUCCAAACCGAAUCCCUUCGAACUAAAGGUCACCGCCGUGAGCCAAGCAUCGGUUCGAUUAGCAUUGUCAAAGGCUGAGGCAGACGAUAUAGAACGUGGCACGAGCAUGUCUCUCCAUGAUGAUAUAUCACCUUCGAUGCUCAUUUCGUCCGGGCUAGAUCUCGAAGACCAGCAGCGACGUCUUGCGUUUGAGGCCGGGAAGAUCGGACAACAUCCCACCAAUGCUCAACAAGUAACCCUGUUGCAACGCAUCAACUCCCUUCGUCGACGCAUUGACACAUGGUCGCGUGUACAACUAUUGUACAUGCCGUGUGUGUCACGACUUCGUUCAUCUGACGACAUUGCUACCGAACAGAAGGUUCACAAAAUCAUUCUAUUCCUCCCAUCUGCGAUACCCUCUAGUUUACCCUGCGAGGAGCGCUUGUUGAAUUACGAAUGGGAGUUACGCGAGGCGCAGGCCAACGAUGCGCUGAACGACAUUCGCUGUGUCCUCAACAUGAAAUAUCACCUAUAUAAGUACAAAGACGCUUUUAUUCGCGGUCAACGUGCCAACACUCGCGCAAACGGAGUAAUCAACAACGCGGACAAUCGGAUUGAUGCCCUCGCUGCCAAAUACAACGCAGCGCGGAAUGCGCUUGUCAAGCUAGCGCCAAGGUUGCACAAGGACGACAACUGGCUACUCACUUUCAAGCCGCUCGAUCGUGCAAAAGAUGCUGUCCCGCUGAGACAAGACAAUGGGGCAACGGUCGGCCAGCAAACAGUGUCCUGGAUCUGGAAGACACGUGGAGUGUCGGAUAACACGGAGUAUGGCUUACAGGACUCCUUGCGUGUUGAGUGGUGCAGGGCCAGAGCUCGAGCACAUCGAUGGGAAGAAGAGGUGCAGCUACUGCGUGAAGAAAUGAGGCGUGUGCUUGCUUUCUUCGAGUGGCAGGCUGUUUGGUGGGACACGCAGGGUUCACGUCGCACUUUCGGGUCACCAGAGAGUGCAGAAGGUGCAGUCGCAUAUGCGCAUCGGCAGGCUUCACUGCGACGGAGCCUGGCUUUUCAUUUCAGGUCUAUAUGGGGGGCUAUUCCAUCGUCUUAACGUCCCAUUAUAUGUUUUUUCUCACCCAAAUACUACUUGUUGCGUUUAGUGAUGUGCACGGCCCGG